CGCGUUAUUAGUAAGCUGCGGUACGUUAACUGCAAGUAUUUAUAGAGUCAGGAUAUGCAAGUGUCUCCUAGGGCUUGUUACCACCAUUACCUUUUGAUUGGUAUAGAAAAUUAAAUUAAAUAUAGGGCCAUAGUUUGGGAUGAUCGUGGGCAAUAACCAAAGUGUUACGUCGACAUAAGAGGAAAGCAAAAGGUGUUUUGGAGAAGCGAGUGUAAACAAGCAGCUUUACAUUAACUAUCCAUUUUCAGGAACCUUGUCAUGCCUAAAAUUGAAUAUGUUGGACGUCCAUCUCUUCAUUUCUAUGGCAAAUUUUUAUCAGAAAUCGCCAAAAAUUUAAAGAACCGUGCUAAAGGCAGGAUAGUUAUAAAGGAGACUGAGUUUGCAAAAUUCAAAGAACCCUGCUACUACAUUUUGGAUAACGUUGUCCCAUUAAUGUCCGACACAUCCUCUGUUAGAUGUAGAGCUUGGGGUAGAAGAAUAUUUCGCGGUAGAGAUUUAGGCUACUCUCUCAUACCAAAAACACAUGAAGCAGAUUGGCGUCUUCUUUCACCUAGUGAAGUAGAAGAUUUGUUGAAGAAAAUUAAUCUAGUUGCUCCAGAUGUUCCAGUCAGUUGUGUUGCUCAAGCACCUCCUUUGUUGACAGUUCUCUUGCGUAGAAAGCAUAUCCUCCCAGCAGAAGUAGUUGAACAGGCUGAAAAAUCAACACACUCCUUAUCUAUGCAACAGUCAAUGAGAGAGGCUAGUGGAUUAUUACUGUUAACGCCUCACCAUUAUGAUCCAACAGAUUUUAAAGUUCCUAUAGAGCCAACGGAAGAAGAGAAGGCGCGUAUGUAUCCUCCUUAUGAAUGGUCAUCCAAAAAGGGAUUGAUUAUAAAGCCUAAUUUGAAUAAAGAUACUUAUCUAAUUCGACGGUCAGACACACCUGGAUUAUAUUGGCGUGUUCAUUUGUCUAAAUCAUCAGAAGGUGAUUCCGUUAAUGAGACAGUUACAAAAACAGAAAAUUAAUGUAAAUAGUCAUAUUCAUUAUUGUUGAUAAUAUAGUACUUAUAUAGUGUAUAUAUACUACUUAUAUAUGAAUUCUGUUGGUUCACGUAUUUAUUAAGAUAGAAUAAAAUUUCAAUUCCAUUGGCUAACUGACAUUAUUAAAAGAAGUUUGAAAACCAAGGAAUAAAGGAGAGGUGGGUUCAGUUCCCUGGUGGUCCCUUUAGUAAAAGUAAUAGUAGUAAUAU